AUGACGCGAUUCGAGAUGGAUGAUGACGAGGUGGAGGAGGAGGGGGGCGGGGAGGAUCUGGAGGAGCUAGAGGAGGGGGUGCUGGAUGUGAUUGUAGGGGAGAGUGACUAUGAAGACGAGGAGGAGGAAGAGGAAGAGGAGGAAGAGGAGGAGGAAGAGGAGGAGGAGGAGGAGGAGGAGGAGGGAGGGGAGGGGAUGGGGAUGGAGGGGAUGAGCAUGAGCGAGAGAGUGCAUCAGCUGCAGAUGCGAGUGCAGCAAGCUCAGUAUGCCACCGCUGCUGGUGCUGGUGCAGGUGGUGGUGCGGUGAUCACGGCUCGUGAUCUGGCCAGGCUGUUCGACCACCCCAUUGACAAGUUCCAGAGAGUGGCGAUAGAGGCAUUCCUGCGAGGCUCCUCGGUGGUGGUGUGUGCGCCAACCAGCAGCGGCAAGACACUCGUAGGGGAGGCAGCAGCAGCAGCCACGAUGGCGAGGGGAGGGCGCCUCAUCUACACCACGCCGCUCAAAGCCCUCUCCAACCAGAAGCUGAGAGACUUCAGGGUGAAGUUUGGGGAGGGCAACGUGGGGCUGCUGACUGGUGACGUGGCAGUGAACAGAGAUGCGCCCAUCCUCGUCAUGACCACUGAGAUCCUGCGCAACAUGCUCUACACCAGCAUGGGCGCGGGCGAGGCAGAGGAGGAGAGGCUGAGGGGCGUGGAAGCAGUGGUGUUGGACGAGGUGCACUACCUCUCUGAUAUCUCAAGGGGGACUGUGUGGGAGGAGACGGUGAUCUACUGCCCCAAGUCCAUCCAGCUAGUGUGCCUCUCCGCCACGGUCGCCAACCCUGAUGAGCUUGCAGACUGGAUUGGCAGGGUGCACGGGCGCACGGAGCUCGUCACCUCACAGCACCGCCCGGUACCGCUCAAGUGGCACUUCUCCACGCGCUUCCGCAUGCUGCCUCUCCUUGACAACUGCGGCCGUGACAUCAACCCUCAGCUGCUGCUGCGCCCUUCUGGUGACCCGUUAUUGGAGGAGCUGCAGUCCGGUAGGAUGCUGCCACGUGGCAGUGGCAGAUCCUUCCAACGGUGGGAUGCAGACGACCAAAGCAGCAGCGGCGGCAGUGGCAAGCGAGGGAAGGAAUCUAAGGGUUUCGCAGGGAGAGCAGACAGAGACGCAGGGAGAGGAGGGAAAAAGGGCAGCAAGAAUGGGAAGGGGAUCGCAGCAGCUUUGUCUCGUAGUGGGGGAGGGUUAGCUGAGCUGGUGGGGAGGGGGCGGCGGGGGGAGGCGAAGAACCGAGUAGAGGAGCUGUCGGCGCAGCAGGUGCAGCAGCAGUGGCGGCGGCAGGUGCCGCGGGUGAGAGACACUCUGGAGCAGCUGAGGAAGAAGGACAUGCUCCCCGCCAUCUGGUUCAUCUUUAGUCGGCGAGGGUGCGACACGGCUGUGUCUUUUGUUCGGGAUACCAACCUGCUGUCUCCCAGUGAACAGGCAGAGGUGACAGAAGCCAUAGCGGCGUUGAGGCAGCAGCAGCCGGAGGCAGUGAGGGAGGGGGCGGUGGAGGCGCUAAAGAAGGGAGUGGCGGCGCACCAUGCGGGGUGCCUGCCUCCCUGGAAGGGGUUUGUGGAGGACCUCUUUCAACGCGGGCUCGUCAAGGUGGUAUUCGCCACAGAGACACUGUCAGCGGGUAUCAACAUGCCAGCUCGCACCACUGUGCUCUCUCCCCCUCCCCUCUCCACCCCUCCUCUCUCUGCCCCUCACGCCACUUCUAAUCCCUUUGUUCUCUCCCUCCCUCCUCUUUCCGUCCUCCCACCAGGUGGUGUUCGCAACAGAGACACUGUCAGCGGGCAUCAACAUGCCUGCGCGCACCACCGUGCUCUCGGCACUCUCCAAGCAUCUGGGCGGGUAGGGAUGCAUGUUGGUGUGUGUGAUAGGGGCAACGCGGGUCGAAGUCUCCUGUCAGCCAACGCGCUGCUACAGAUGGCGGGGAGGGCGGGGAGGCGGGGCAAGGACAAGCAAGGACAUGUGGUGGUGGUGCAGACGCCCUUUGAGGGCGCGCAGGACUGCUGCCGCCUGCUGCUUGGUGGAGCUGACCCCCUCGUUUCUCAGUUCACAGCCACCUAUGGCAUGGCGCUCAACCUGCUGGGGGGCGCUCCAGUAUGGCAGGAGAAGACAGAAGCAGGCAGCGGUGCGGGCCCAGAGGAGGGUGACUCAGGUGAUUCCAGCGCUGACGGCUCGGCAGACGAGCCUGCAGUAGUUGCUGCAGGGCAGGAGGGCGAAGCAGUAGAGACGUCAGCAGCAGCAGCAGCAGCAGCAGCAGCAUCAGUAGUGCCGGUGCGGCGGGGGCGCAGCAUGGAGGAGGCGAAGGCGCUCAUAGAGAGGAGCUUUGGGAACUACCUGGCGAGCGAGGUAUUGCAGCAGGCGCGGCAGCAGCUAGCGACACUGGAGGAGAAACUGCAGCAGCUGAGGCAGCGCAGAGGGGAGGUGGAGAGGCAGAUGCGGAGCGAGGAGGAGGGGGAGGACGAGGUGACAGGCGCGUUCCGCGCCAUGGUGGGCGAGUUCGUGUCCACGCGGCACACGGUGGCAACACUGCAGAGGCGGGUGUUUCAGCAGCGAGCAUCCGCCCUCGACCCCCAGAUACAGGACGCCUUGCUCUGGGCUGACGAGCCUCAAGAGGUUGACGAGGCGCAUGAAGUACCCGUUGCUGCCGCUACAGACGGUGCUGCUGCCUCUGAUGAUUUGCCUGCAGUUGAAACUUCAGCAGCUGCUGGUGGGAUGAAUGGUGCUGGUGAUUUUACUGUGCCUGGUGGGAAUGGUGCUGCUCGCCCCGCUCCCGCACCUGCGGGGCGCAGGCUCGUGGUAACCGCGCAGUUCCCAGACCUGGCGUCCGGGGCUGUGCGGUCGGUUCGGGGGCUGCUGGUUGGGCAGCUGGAGGCGCUGCCCCCGUACCUGCAGGAGGAGGGGGAGGACUGGGCGGAGGAAGGAGGGGUGGGGGAGGAGGAGGGCGUUAUAGGGGAGGAUUCCCAUUGGUACGUCCUCCCCUCGCCCUGCAUCCGCCAGCUAAUCAGAGCGCAGUACGACCCCACCGAUCAAUCGGAGCUCGCCAUGUCAGCGGCCGACGGGCGACAGCUCGUUGGCAGGUACCUUUGGCCGGAUGGCCGGCAGGACGAGGCAGAUGAGACGGUUGGGUGGCAGCGGGCGGCAAAGCUGAAACUUUUCCUGCCGCCUGUGCCGGAGAUGCUACAGGGAUGGCUCAGGGGGAGCGGAGGGGAGAAAGGGGAGAGAACAGAGGUGGGAGGAGUAGGAGAGAGUGGAAGGGGCAAGUGGGGAGAGAAUGGGAACGAGGGAGUGAUUGGGCAAAUGGGAGUUUGGGAUUUGGGAGCUGCAGGAGACUCCUUACCCACCAGCACCACUGAAAGCGAAUCACAAUUUGCCUCGUGGCUAUCCACCCCUCACCCCACAUUCAGCGUCUGGCGAAUCAAAUCCAAAACUCCCCUCCUCCACCUCACCUCCGCCAUCCGCUUCCCCCAAGGCUGGUCCCCCCUCUCCCCUUCAGAAGACUCCAAUCACCUCACCCUCCCCUCAUCACUCUCCUCCCUCGAAUCCUCCCUCAAGUCACACAAGCAGAAGCUAUCCCAAAUUAGAAAGAGAGUGAAGGCUUCGGCGGUGUAUAAGCGGCGGCAGCAGCAGAUGACGGAGAUGGGGAGGUGUGAGUAUGAGGAGGGGAAGGUGGGGAGGCGGGUGGAGGCGCUGAGGAGGCGGAUUGCGGGCAUGCAGCCGGCGGGGUGGCAGGAGUUUGUUCAGGUGGUUCAGGUGCUGGCUCAGGCGGAUGCGCUGGACCCGCAGAGCAGCACGCUUAUGCCUCUGGGAGAGAUCGCUGCGAAGGUGCGAGGGGUGAACGAGCUGUGGAUCGCAGUGGCGCUCUCCCACCCCUCCCUCCCGCGCCUCUCUCCUCCAGCCAUAGCGGGGUGCUGUGCUGCUCUGGUGUCUGAAGGCAUGCGCAUGCGCACAGGCGACGGCAGUUCGCCCUCCUUCCCGUACGAGCCUUCCUGGGAGGUGCAAGAGUGGGUGUACGAAGCUGAAGAGCGCCGCGAUUGGCUGAUGCAGCUCCAGCUGGCUGCCAACGUGGCAAUCCCUGCUGACCUGGACGCGCAGUUCGCUGGAGUGGUGGAGGCGUGGGCGCAGGGUGUGACGUGGCGCCAGCUCAUCACUGACUGUGCAGGGCUGGACGAGGGGGACAUUGCGCGGCUGCUAAGGCGCACCAUUGAUUUACUUUCUCAGCAUUAUCUCUCUGUUUCCGGAAUGCCUUGUUACGUGCCCUACCUCUCUCACUCUCCUCCAUGUCCCCACUCUCCCUUUCUCCCACCCUCGCUCGCUCCUCUUAUUGCCUCUCACGUUAUCUCUGCCUCUGCCUUUUCCACCUCUCUCCUCCUCUCCCCUCAAACUCUCCGUGUGCAGAUCCCGUAUCUUCCAGGCAUCGAUCCCUCAUUGGCCAAGGCGGCAAAGCAGUCAGCUUAUGUCAUGGAGAGGCCACCUAUCUCCGAGCUCAUUGGCUGA